ACCCACCACCACACUAAGCGUAGCCAACCCUUUCCUUCUUUUUUUCCCCCCAAAAUGCCAAUAACCACAGUUCAACGUCUAGACGCUCCCUCCAGCUACUUCGAAAAGCGUGAAGUAAGCUCCACCCCUCUCCUCCCCUCGCCUCCCCCUUCCUUCCCUCCCCCAUUAACACCUCACCUCGCUCCAGCGCCGUCGCAGCACCUCCCCAAAACCCGACCCCCUGAAGGACGCUUCAACCCUAUACGUCGGUAACCUCUCCUUCUACACGACGGAGGAGCAGAUCCAUGAACUCUUCAGUAAGUGCGGUGAGAUCAAGCGAUUGGUGAUGGGCCUGGACCGCUUCACCAAGACCCCAUGCGGCUUCUGCUUCGUCGAGUACUACACGCACAAGGACACGCUGGACGCUAUGAAGUACAUUGGCGGCACAAAGUUGGAUGAGAGGAUUAUCCGCACGGAUUUGGAUCCCGGGUUUAAGGAGGGGAGGCAGUAUGGGAGGGGACCCACCGGCGGGCAGGUUAGGGAUUAUUACAGGGAUGAUUACGAUCCUGGGAGGGGGGGGUAUGGGGGGAGGGAGCAGAGGCCCGUUGCUAAAGGGUAG